GAAUCCAGACCUCCACUACCACCCCGCACGGUUAAAUCAAAAUCAAAAUCCAAACCAAAUCAAACCCCCUUUCACCAUCCUCUCCACCCGAUUCCUCUCCCCGUCCCCCCUCUCCAUCCGCGCUGCGGCAAAAACCCUAACCCUAGGCGGGGAUGGCGACGCAGCCGCCCUCCUCCGCCGCGGCAGCGGCCAACCUCUACGAGACGGCCUCGCAGCCGGACCCCGCCGCCGGCGACGCCUACACCUUCCUCGAGUUCAACACGCAGGGCGACGACUUCGACUACCCCGACUUCCCGGAGCUCUCCCAGCCCCCCGCCCGAUCCGCCCCGCUGCCGCCCGUCCCCGCCUCAUCCUCCUCGCCCUGGCCGGCCCCGCCCCCGCCGCCGCCCGACGCGUCCUCCCCGGACUCCGAUCUCGCGCCGCAGGACAACCCCACGCCGCCGGCCUCAUCCUCCUCGCCGUCGCCGCGGUCCGCCUCCAAGGUGCGGUCGUCGGCCGCGGACGGCCUCGCCGCCGGGGUAGCGGCGCUCAGCUUCGAGGAGCCCGUAGGCGCCGGCGCCGGGGAGGACGGGUACGACUACGGCAAGGGUGACUUCGUCGAGCACGCCUGCCGGUACUGCGGGAUCCACAACCCCGCGUGCGUGGCGAGGUGCAACGUGCCCUCCUGCCGCAAGUGGUUCUGCAACUCGCGGGGGAACACCUCCGGCUCCCACAUUGUUAACCACCUGGUUAGGGCAAAGCAUAAGGAAGUUUACCUUCACAAGGAUAGCCCUUUGAAUGAAACAAUUCUUGAAUGCUAUAACUGUGGUUGUCGGAAUGUAUUUCUUCUUGGAUUUAUCUCGGCAAAGUCGGAGAAUGUUGUUGUUCUUCUGUGCAGAGAGCCUUGUUUGAGUGUUAAUGCAUUGAAGGAUAUGAACUGGGAUCUCAGUCAGUGGUGUCCUCUUAUUGAUGACAGGUGUUUCUUGCCAUGGCUUGUAAAAGUUCCCUCAGAACAGGAGCAGCUGAGAGCUCGUCAAAUUAGUGCUCAACAAAUUAACAAAGUGGAAGAGCUCUGGAAGACAAAUCCUGAUGCCUCUCUUGAAGAUCUUGAAAAGCCUGGCGUAGAUGAUGAACCUCAGUCAGUGGUUUUGAAGUAUGAAGAUGCUUACCAGUAUCAAAAUGUUUUUGCUCCACUGAUAAAGCUUGAGGCUGAUUAUGACAAGAUGAUGAAAGAGUCACAGAGCAAGGAUAAUGUAACUGUGCGGUGGGAUAUUGGACUGAACAAGAAGCGCAUAGCCUAUUUUGUCUUUCCAAAGGAAGAUAAUGAAUUGAGGCUUGUACCUGGAGAUGAGCUACGCUUGAGAUAUCCUGGUGAUAGUUCGCAUCCCACAUGGCAGUCUGUGGGACAUGUGAUUAAGCUCACUGCACAAGAGGAGGUGGCACUUGAGCUUCGUGCUAGUCAGGGGGUACCCAUUGAAUUAAACGUUGGAUUCAGUGUGGACUUUGUUUGGAAGAGUACCAGCUUUGAUAGGAUGCAAGGAGCGAUGAAAACGUUCGCUGUAGAUGAGACAAGUGUCAGUGGGUACAUAUACCACCACCUUCUGGGACAUGAAGUCGAGCAUCAAGUAAUACGUAAUACUCUACCGAGACGCUUUGGUGCACCUGGACUUCCAGAGCUUAAUGCUUCCCAGGUUUUAGCAGUUAAAAGUGUUCUCCAGAAGCCAGUUAGUUUGAUUCAAGGUCCACCUGGUACUGGAAAAACUGUCACAUCUGCUGCAAUUGUGUAUCACAUGGCUAAACAAGGGCAAGGACAGGUCCUUGUAUGCGCACCUAGUAAUGUUGCUGUUGAUCAGCUGGCGGAGAAGAUAAGCUCAACUGGCCUCAAGGUUGUUAGGCUGUGUGCAAAAUCUAGAGAAGCUGUUUCAUCUCCUGUGGAGCAUCUGACACUUCAUUAUCAGGUUCGACACCUUGAUACAUCAGAAAAGAGCGAAUUGUAUAAGCUACAGCAACUGAAAGACGAACAAGGUGAGUUGUCAAGCAGUGAUGAGAAAAAGUACAAGGCACUAAAACGUGCCACUGAAAGAGAGAUACUACAAAGUGCUGAUGUCAUUUGCUGCACCUGUGUUGGUGCUGGAGAUCCUCGUCUGUCAAACUUCCGUUUCCGUCAAGUUCUUAUUGAUGAGUCCACGCAGUCAACAGAACCUGAAUGCCUUAUUCCAUUGGUGCUUGGUGUCAAGCAGGUUGUUCUUGUCGGAGAUCACUGCCAACUUGGUCCAGUCAUCAUGUGCAAAAAAGCGGCUCGUGCGGGAUUAGCACAAUCUUUAUUUGAACGUCUUGUUAUCCUUGGAGUCAAGCCUUUCAGGCUACAGGUCCAAUAUAGAAUGCAUCCUUGCCUUUCAGAAUUUCCGUCCAAUUGCUUCUAUGAAGGCACCCUGCAAAAUGGAGUAACUGUAAAUGAGAGGCAAUCUUCUGGAAUUGAUUUUCCUUGGCCUGUUCCCAAUCGGCCUAUGUUCUUCUAUGUGCAGAUGGGUCAAGAAGAGAUCAGUGCUAGUGGGACAUCUUACCUGAAUAGAACUGAAGCUGCAAAUGUUGAAAAAAUUGUAACAACGUUUUUAAGAAGUGGUGUCGUACCAAGCCAGAUUGGAGUUAUCACACCUUAUGAAGGACAAAGGGCAUAUAUUGUGAAUUACAUGUCAAGGAAUGGCUCUCUUCGCCAACAACUUUACAAGGAAAUAGAGGUAGCAAGUGUAGACUCCUUUCAGGGAAGAGAGAAAGACUACAUUAUUCUGUCUUGUGUUAGAAGCAAUGAGCACCAGGGUAUUGGGUUUCUUAAUGAUCCACGGAGGUUAAAUGUUGCAUUAACUCGUGCACGGUAUGGCAUAGUUGUUCUUGGUAAUCCUAAAGUUUUAAGCAAGCAGCCGCUUUGGAAUAGUUUGUUGACGCAUUACAAGGAGCAUGAGUGCUUGGUAGAAGGACCUUUGAACAACUUAAAGCAGAGUAUGGUGCAAUUUCAGAAGCCGAAAAAGAUCUACAAUGAUCGAAGACUGUUCCUGGGUGGUGGUCAAGGUGUUAUGCAUGGAGCUAGUUCUGGGGCUGUGGGCUCAAGCCCGGCGGCAGAUAAGAGAAGUGGUAGGGGAAAAGGACAAUCAUUUGUUCCUUUUGGCCCUCCAAACGGGGUCCAUAAACCUGGUGUGCAUCCAGCAGGCUAUCCUGUACCUCGGAUGCCUUUUCCUCCAUUUCCUGGGUCUCCGCAUUCUCAACCAUAUGCAAUUCCAACCCGGGGAUCAUUGCACGGGCCCAUUGGUGCUGUUCCAUCGGUGCCUCAACCUGGGAAUAGAAACUUUGGUGCCCCACGUUCAAAUACUGGCGGUCCUAUUGGUGGCCACCUUGCUCAUCAACAGAAUUCUCAGCAAGCUAUGGGUGGCAUAGGGUCAACUUUUUACUUUACUGGCUUGGAGAAUCCAAGCAGUCAGCCUUCUGGUGGAGGUCCAAUGUCCCAAACUGGAUUAAUGACACAGAUGCCUGUCCAAGGUCUCAGUCAAACAUUCCGUGAUGGUUUUUCCAUUGGUGGGAUGUCUCAGGACUUCUUCGGAGAUGAUUUCAAGAGCCAAGGAUCUCAUGUGCCAUACAACAUUGCAGAUUUUUCUACCCAGGCUUCUCAAGGUGGUUAUGGUGUUGAAUUUACUCAAGGACCGCAAACUGGAUACUCCGGGAAUUAUUUGAACCAAAAUGCACAUCCAGGAUACUCCCAUAUGGGUACAACAAAUGACAUUGUAUCUCAGGAUCACAUGGCCCACGGAUCACAUGGGAUAUUUACACAAGCAGGAUACAAUGAUCCCUCACAAGAUGAGUCAUCUCAAAUGCAUUACGGAAUGGCAGCUCCUGGCCCUCUUCAGUCACAGAGCAUGAUGAACCCCCUCUACUCUCAAUCCUAUGCUCACUAUAACACCCAACCGCAGUCUUUACCUCCUCCGCAGUGAUCAUGAAAGUAUGUGAUAUAAUGGCUGAAGCUGCAUUCUGGAAAUUUGGUGCAUUGUAUCUUUGGCCCACAGCAGCUUGGUUGUGCCCUUCUGCACUAUUUUGGAAGUGAUGGUGCAUAGAAAUCAGAUGCAAGCAAUGAGCACAAGCAUAUCUUGGCAUACUAUGCAUUGGAUAUUUAUCGGGGCAGGCUUGUACAAGAUGGCUACGGUUAUUGACCAAAGGCCGGUGCUGAGGUGCACAAGGAUUUCAACAUAUCUCUUGUCGUGUUAGUCCAAAACGGGGUUUGACAACAAGAGGUGGCAUCUUGUGCAUCGAGAGGUUGACGAUGCUACCCUCAUCCCUCACCUGUAUAGAAGGCAAACGGGGCUUGUAGUGGUACAGUGUGAAUAUUCCAUGAUGUGCUGCCGGCCAAGUCAAAGGUGCAGCUAUUACAUGUCUCCAUGGUAUCACGAUGACGCCCGCAUAAUUGGAUUUGUAUAGAGGUGCUAUAGGUGGGGUGGCCAACCCUUUUGCGCAUGACCAAGACAUUUGCCUUUACAUUAUGUAUGCAUUCUAUUAUAUAGUUUUGAUAUUUAUAUCACAAAUGAUGUUGGUGAUGACGCCCAAAGUAGAGUUUGUGCUAAUUGGAAGUUGAGAGUAUUUUGUGUAACUAUUACGAUUCUGUCAUGUGAAGCGGGACUAGUGUGGAGGUUUACUUUAAAUUGGAUAGCAGUAUUGAGGCAUCUUCUGUUCU